CAGUGGCUGUGUGCCCUGCUGCGGGCCUCUGCGAUGCGGCCUCUUCUGCGGCCCCUGCUUCUCCUGGCCCUCGGCCUGGGUCUGGCCAGAACGCUCAACUCCAACGAUCCCAAUGUCUGUACCUUUUGGGAAAGCUUCACCACCACCACGAAGGAGUCCCACUUACGUCCCUUCAGCCUGCUGCCAGCCGAGUCCUGUGACAGGCCCUGGGAGGACCCCCACAGCUGUCCGCGGCCCACGGUCGUCUACCGGACCGUGUACCGUCAGGUGGUGAAGACUGAAUCCCGCCCACGUCUGCAGUGCUGUGGGGGUUACUAUGAGAGCGGCGGGGCCUGCGUCCCACUCUGUGCCCAGGAGUGUGUCCACGGUCGCUGUGUGGCGCCUAAUCGGUGCCAGUGUGCACCGGGCUGGCGGGGUGACGACUGUUCCAGCGAGUGUGCCCCAGGACAGUGGGGGCCCAGGUGUGACAGGUUCUGCCCCUGUGGCAACAGCAGUUCCUGUGAUCCCAAGAGUGGGGAGUGCUUUUGCCCCUCUGGCCUGCAGCCUCCCAGCUGCCUCCAGCCUUGCCCUCCUGGCCACUAUGGUCCGGCCUGCCGGCUUGGUUGUCAUUGCCACGGGGCAUCCUGUGACCCCCAGAACGGAGCCUGCUUCUGUCCCCCCGGGAGAACAGGACCCAGCUGUAAUGUGCCCUGUUCACAGGGCACUGCUAGCUUCUUCUGCCCCAGAACCUAUCCUUGCCAAAAUGGAGGUGUCUUCCAGGUCCCCCAAGGCUCCUGCAGCUGCCCACCGGGCUGGAUGGGUGUCAUCUGUUCCCUGCCCUGCCCAGAGGGUUUCUAUGGACCCAACUGUACCCAGGAAUGUCGCUGCCACAACCGUGGCCUCUGUGACCGGUUUACUGGGCAGUGCCACUGCGCUCCUGGCUAUAUCGGGGACCGGUGCCAUGAAGAGUGCCCCGUGGGCCGCUUCGGGCAAGACUGUGCUGAGACCUGCGACUGCGCCCCUGGUGCCCGUUGUUUUCCUGCCAAUGGCGCGUGUCUGUGUGAACACGGCUUCACAGGCGACCGCUGCACGGACCGCCUCUGUCCAGACGGCCUCUACGGUCUCAGCUGCCAGGAGCCCUGCACCUGCGAUCUAGAACAUAGUCUCAGCUGCCACCCUAUGCACGGCGAGUGCGCCUGCCAGCCGGGCUGGGCCGGCCUGCACUGCAACGAGAGCUGCCCACAGGACACGCACGGGCCCGGCUGCCAGGAGCACUGCCUGUGUCUGCACGGUGGCGUCUGCCUUGCCGACAGCGGCCUCUGCCGGUGCGCACCCGGCUACACGGGACCUCACUGCGCUAACCUCUGCCCACCCGACACGUACGGGAUCAACUGCUCCUCCCGCUGCUCCUGCGAAAAUGCCAUCGCCUGCUCCCCCAUCGACGGCACGUGCGUUUGCAAGGAAGGUUGGCAGCGUGGUAACUGCUCCGUGCCCUGUCCCCCUGGCACCUGGGGCUUCAGCUGCAAUGCCAGUUGCCAGUGUGCCCACGAGGGAGCCUGCAGCCCCCAAACUGGAGCCUGCACUUGUACCCCUGGGUGGCACGGAGCUCACUGCCAGCUUCCCUGCCCGGAGGGGCAGUUCGGUGAAGGUUGCGCCAGUGUCUGUGACUGUGACCACUCUGAUGGCUGUGACCCUGUUCAUGGACGCUGCCGAUGCCAGGCUGGCUGGAUGGGCUCACGCUGCCACCUGCCUUGUCCCGAGGGCUUUUGGGGGGCCAACUGCAGCAACACUUGCGCCUGCAGAAAUGGGGGUACCUGUGUACCCGAGAACGGCAACUGUGUGUGCACGCCGGGGUUCCGAGGCCCGUCCUGCCAGAGGCCCUGCCAGCCUGGUCGCUACGGCAAACGCUGCGUGCCCUGCAAGUGCAACAACCACUCUUCCUGCCAUCCUUCGGACGGGACCUGCUACUGUCUGGCAGGAUGGACAGGCCCGGACUGCUCUGAACCGUGUCCCCCAGGCCACUGGGGACUCAAAUGCUCCCAAGCCUGCCAGUGUCAUCAUGGAGGGACCUGCCACCCCCAGGACGGGAGCUGUGCCUGCACCCCAGGCUGGACUGGACCUUACUGCUUGGAAGGCUGCCCACCAGGAGUGUUUGGUGUCAACUGCUCCCAGGUAUGCCAGUGUGGUCCUGGAGAGAGGUGCCACCCAGAGACUGGGGCCUGUGUCUGUCCCCCAGGACACAGUGGUGCACCCUGCAAGAUAGGAAGCCAGGAGUCCUCCACCAUAAUGCCCACCUCUCCUGUGGCCCAUAACUCACUGGGUGCCGUGAUUGGCAUUGCAGUACUGGGCGCCCUUGUGGUGGCCCUGGUGGCGCUGUUCAUUGGCUACCGCCAUUGGCAAAAGGGCAAAGAGCACGAGCACUUGGCAGUGGCUUACAGCUCUGGGCGGCUGGAUGGCUCGGAUUACGUCAUGCCAGAUGUCUCUCCGAGCUACAGCCACUACUACUCCAACCCUAGCUACCACACUCUGUCUCAGUGCUCCCCCAAUCCCCCACCCCCUAACAAGGUUCCAGGCGGUCAGCUCUUUGUCGGCUCCCAGGCACCCGAGCGGCCAGGCAGAGCCCAUGGGCGUGAUAACCAUGCUACUCUGCCCGCUGACUGGAAGCACAGACGAGAACCCCAUGACAGAGGCUCCGGCCACCUGGACCGAAGUUACAGCUGCAGCUAUGGCCACAGGAAUGGCCCGGGACCAUUCUGUCAUAAAGGUCCCACCUCUGGAGAGGGGCUGGGGGCAAGCGUUCUGUCCCUGAGCACCGAGAACCCCUAUGCUACCAUCAGAGAUCUGCCGGGCCUGCCUGGGGAACCUCGGGAGAGCAGCUAUGUGGAGAUGAAGGGCCCUCCAUCAGUGUCUCCUCCCAGGCAGCCUCUUCAUCUCCGGGACAGCCAGCGGCGCCAACGGCAGCCACAGAGGGACAGUGGCACCUAUGAGCAGCCCACCCCCUUGAGCCAUAAUCAAGAGUCUGUGGGCUCUACGCCCCCUCUUCCUCCAGGCCUGCCUCCUGGCCACUAUGACUCGCCCAAGAACAGCCACAUCCCUGCACACUAUGACUUGCCUCCGGUACGGCAUCCUCCAUCACCUCCACCUCGGCGCCAGGACCGCUGAGGAGCCAGCAGGGGAUGGGAUAGUGCCCGUGGACCCUGCCGGGAGCAGGGACUGGACCAGCAGGCCGUGAGGAAGCACGUUUGACGGAGUGAACGGAGAGAGAGACGCUUCCACCAAGGGAGACACUAGUUGGCCAAAUGUCCAACUCCCUUUCUCCAACCCACCAUUCGAGGCCCUGAGGCUCUGUGGACAUAGUUUGCUGGGCUGAGUGUUGAUGUAUAUAAGUCUGAUUUUAGAUGGAUUUUAAAAGUAUGUGUUGGGUACCUUUCCUGUGUAUAUACCUAGGCGGGGCUGUGUGUGUGUGUGUGUGUGUGUGUGUGUGUGUGUGUGUGUGUGUGUGUCUAGUGGACUUCAGAAGGUGCCAGGCACAGGUUCUGCCUUGCGCACUUCCCAGGCGGCCAGCCUCCAAGCUUAACUUAGCUCCAACAGCAGGCCCUUACUACCUGCCACCCUUCCCGUGGUAAUCCUCCAUGUUUUUGCUCAGAGGGUUGCUCCCUGCCUGUGUGGUCCAUCCUCCUGGUACUCCUUGGGCCACACACAGUCAAAUUUCCCAGGCCUCAGUGGCCCUGCAGUCUACCUCUUCUGUCCCGUUCUACUCUUUUUCUGGAGAGAAGGCUAUCUGCCAUCCUUCUUCCUCCCCCAGGGACGGCCACAUCUGAGUUCAGCCUUCCUGGGUUACCUGCUGACUCCCGCUUGUCCUUCACGCACCCCACAGAAUCCCCACCCCACCCCACCCCACAUCUCUUCCUCUGUAGCUACUGUUUCUUCCCCGUGCACCUGCAGGGGGUGGUGCCAGGCAGGGGUGGUACCAGGCAGGACUUGGAUUUGUUUUUUUUUUUUUUUUUUUCAGUUUGUUUUUGAAACAUUGUCUCACUAUGCAGCCCGGGCUCUCCUGGAGCUCACUUUGUAGAUCAGGCGGGUCUUGAACUCAGAGGUCUGCCUGCCUCAGCCUCCGGAGUGCUGGGUUGAAAGGUGUGCUAGCUCAGGCUGCACCCUGACGUGAUCUCCACGGUCCUAGAUCAGCCCCUCCGCCUCCCCCUAGCAGGGAGGUGGACUGCAAGCUCCUUGGAUGCAGGACUCUGUGUUUAUGCUCACUGUUGGUUUCCCUUGGCACAUGGCAGUCAAUAAAUGUUCCUUUCAAAGCUGA